AAGGAGACACCCCCCCUCAAAGAAGAGUCGCUUAGUUUGAGAGAGAGAGCAAAACAGAGAGAGAGAGAGAGAGAGAGAGAGAGAGAGAGAGAACACAAACACAAAGGAGCAAAGGUAAUUUGCCUGCUUGUGGUUCUCUCAUAGAGAUAGAGAGAGAUUUUGGAUUUCUCUUGUUUUGUUUUUGAGAAACCUUGCUUCUUUCUUUCUUUAUAAAGAGAGCAAACACUAUUGUAUAGUAUUUGCUUUAAAGGAGUUUCAGUUCUCAUGCAAUUAUCUAUUGAUCUUGAAGCUGGACCACACAACUUCAUAUAUGCUUUAUUAAGCAAAUCCCUGAUGAGCACUCUCAAAAUUCAGUUUUCUCUUAGCUUCUAAUAAGCCAAUUCUGCCAUUUCUAUAAGUUUCCUCUUCUGGAUAUGGAGAAGGAAGAAAGAAACCAGAGAGCUUCUUGUAAAAGUUUAGAGCCCGAGUUUUUCUUGCAGUGGGGAAAUAAAAAGAGGCUUAGAUGUGUUAGAGUUAGAGACCCUCAAAUCAUUUCACGGAGAUCUGAUGGUGUUUUUCGCAGAAAAAUCACUUCUCGGAUUGAUAGAUUUGUGGUCUCUUCUGCUACUACAGAGAAAGACACAUCUCUUCUUCAAUCUAAUCGUAUCACAAGGAAUUCUGAAGCAGCAGUACUUAGGUCCAGUGUGGCUGAGAACAGGAAAUCAUCAUCGCCGGAGAAGGAGGAUCGUUAUUACACUACAAGGGGGUCAGUGGGUCUGGAUGAGAAUGGCAAGGUCUCAAUGGAUGGUAACAAUGGAGAUGAUAAAGCCCACGUUUGGCCUAAACUAUAUACUACUUUGUCAAGCAAAGAAAAAGAGGAAGAUUUUAUGGCUAUGAAGGGGUGUAAGCUACCUCAAAGGCCAAAAAAGAGAGCCAAGAUUAUACAAAGAAGUUUACUUCUGGUAAGCCCUGGGGCAUGGUUGACUGAUAUGUGCCAAGAGAGGUAUGAAGUUAGAGAGAAGAAGAGUUCCAAGAAGCAGAGACCAAGAGGUUUGAAGGCCAUGGGGAGCAUGGAAAGCGAUUCAGAAUAGCAUGUGUGGCAUUCGUUUUAGCAGCAGUGGCAUUUUUUUUUUUCUAUUCAAAUUUUCGGGAUCUUGUUUUUGUUUUUUUUUUUUUUUUUUUUUGGGGGGGGGGGGAGAUCAUGACAAGGAGGAGGUGGUGGCUAGAGUUUGUUAGGAGAAGAUAGAAAAAUGUAGUAGUCUCUGCUGGGCUUGUUUGUUGUUCUUGAUGCUGUAAUGUAUAAAAGGAAAAAUGAGAAAAGCAAUCUUUCUCUUCGUUUAUUACCA